UGACAUCACAGCGACGUUUUGCCCAAACCACAUCACACACACGGUCGAGUGUUGGCUCGUCGCGUCGCGUGUUGUUACACAGCAGUAUUCGCGGUGGCGCGCCUGUCGCCCGACUGCUCGCUGGUCGGAGGCGCCUGCACACAGAGAGAUGGCAAGAGAACCGUAGCGGAUCGUGGGGCCUGUUUGGUUGGGUAUCACACCGACCACCGCGGCGUCGGAGAGCCCGUCUGAGGCGCACUGAGCAGGCGAGAAGCGGCGGCACGACGACGGGCAAGAGGAACCAUGGGACACAGAGUGGGCUGAACCGGAGGGUCUAGCAGCACACACCAGUUGUUUCCCACUGUGGUGUAUGACAUGGCCACGGCCUCAUCCAGAGCCGAGUCUAGCCAUAACCACAGAGGAACGUCACAGCUUCAUGCCAUUGUUUCCUGUGCCAAGAUCAAGAGGAAGAAGAGCCUGUUUGGGACGGCCAUUUAUGUGGAGGUGACAGCCGAGGGGGAGUCGCGCCGUACAGCGAAGUCUCACAGCUCCUCCAGUCCUAAAUGGGAUGAGAGGCUCACUCUGAGUGUAACACCGCACACUCAAGUGGAUUUCAAAGUAUGGAGUCACUACACCCUGAAAGCAGACGCUCUGCUGGGCAAAGCCACACUGGACCUGAUGCGAGCACUGGAGCAGCAUGACAGAAAAUUAGAGAAUGUGAAGGAAGUGCUGAAACUGAGCGUUGAGCAGAAGGGAGCUCAGGUGCCCACGGGGGAGCUGACUGUCUACCUUGAUGGGCUGACUGUCACUGACCAGGAGGAACCAGCACAGCUUACCAACGGCAAUGCUUCGAAUGGCACCAAAGUCCAGCAGAAUGGUGAUGCCAUCCAUGAGAACGGAGACUCAUUGUCUUCUUCCUCAAGGGCUGCCAACAGCACAGUGAAUGGUACAGACUUGGACCCCAGGUCAGAUUCCUGUUCGGCCUCCAAUGGUGUGGAUGGCCUGGUGCCUUCAAGCUCCAGCGGCCCUGCCCUCGGUCAUGUUGUCAAUGGAGACGCCACACCCAACUCCACCCCGAGCCACCAACCAUCAGAUAGUGACACAGAGAGUAGGACUGUCAACGGGGAGUCCUGUGACGUUGCUCUCGGUCCAUCAUCUGCCACAUCUGGUGAUGUGCUGCCCCCUGCAGAUGACCACGAGGACUGCAGUCAAGAUGCCGUCCCGUCCGACUCUGCCACAGCACCAAAUAGCACAUUUCAGCCCCCGCCACCCUCCACGCCGGCUCCAGCCUCCUCUUCUGCUGCUACACCUCCCGAUGGCACUGCUGCUGCUGCUUCCUCCACAUGCACCUCCUCCGCCCAGGGGACCACCACCAUCACAAGCACCUCAUCAUCGUCCUCUUCUCCCCCAGCCCUGGGAGAGGCAGCUGUUUCAGGAGCCGGUGGUGGUAGUAUUAGCAGCAGUGCAACUGAAACUCCAGAUGGGGCCAAGCCUAGACAGCAGGCCCCCAAUGCUGGAGCUGCAGAUCCUCUGCCACCAGGAUGGGAGCAGAGGAAAGACCCACAUGGCAGAACGUACUAUGUAGACCACAACACCAGGACUACUACAUGGGAGAGACCACAGCCACUACCACCAGGUUGGGAGCGCAGAGUGGACGACCGGGGCAGGAUCUAUUAUGUCGACCACAACACCCGCACCACCACGUGGCAGCGCCCCACGAUGGAAUCAGUCCGCAACUUUGAGCAGUGGCAGAGCCAACGCAGCCAACUGCAGGGAGCUAUGCACCAGUUUAACCAGAGAUACCUCUACUCUGCAUCCAUGAUGUCUGCUGAGAACGAUCCUCUUGGUCCACUACCUCCUGGCUGGGAGAGACGCGUGGACUCUAAUGACCGAGUGUACUUUGUUAACCAUAACACCAAGACAACACAGUGGGAAGACCCCCGAACCCAAGGGCUACAGAAUGAGGAUCCUCUUCCUGAAGGUUGGGAGAUCCGGUACACAAGGGAAGGGGUGCGCUACUUUGUGGAUCACAACACCCGAACCACCACUUUCAGCGACCCUCGCACUGGAAAGUCCUCUGUCACCAAAGGCCCUCAGAUCGCUUACGAGCGCAGCUUCCGAUGGAAGCUUGCCCACUUUCGCUACUUGUGCCAGUCCAAUGCUCUACCAAGCCAUGUGAAGAUCACUGUCUCCAGACAGACGUUGUUCGAAGACUCUUUCCAGCAAAUUAUGGCGCUCAAGCCCUACGACCUGAGGAGGAGACUUUACGUCAUCUUCAGAGGCGAGGAGGGUCUCGACUAUGGCGGCUUAGCCCGAGAGUGGUUCUUCUUGCUGUCCCACGAAGUGCUGAACCCCAUGUACUGCCUGUUUGAGUACGCCGGUAAGAGCAACUACUGUCUGCAGAUCAACCCAGCGUCGGCCAUCAACCCGGACCACCUCUCCUACUUCUGCUUUAUAGGCCGCUUCAUUGCAAUGGCACUUUUCCACGGCAAGUUCAUCGACACAGGCUUCUCUCUACCUUUCUACAAGCGCAUGCUGAACAAGAAGCUCAUCCUCAAAGAUCUCGAGUCCAUCGACCCAGAGUUCUACAACUCACUUAUAUGGAUCAGGGACAACAACAUAGAAGAGUGCGGUCUGGAGAUGUACUUCUCGGUGGACAUGGAGAUCUUGGGAAAGAUCACCUCGCAUGACCUCAAGCCCGACGGCGCCAACGUCCUGGUCACCGAGGAGAACAAGGAGGAGUACAUCAGUCUGAUGGCGGAGUGGAGGUUCUCGCGUGGGGUGGAAGGUCAGACCAAAGCUUUCCUGGAUGGUUUCAACGAGGUGGUUCCACUCCAAUGGCUCCAGUACUUUGAUGAAAAGGAGCUGGAGGUGAUGCUGUGUGGCAUGCAGGAGGUUGACCUUCAGGACUGGCAGAGGAAUACGGUGUAUCGUCACUACACCAGGAACAGCAAACAGAUCAUCUGGUUCUGGCAGCUGGUGAAAGAAGUGGACAACGAAGUACGACUGCGGCUCAUGCAGUUUGUCACUGGGACCUGCAGACUUCCUCUGGGCGGCUUCGCUGAGCUCAUGGGAAGUAACGGGCCCCAGAAGUUCUGCAUUGAGAAGGUGGGGAAGGACACAUGGCUUCCCCGGAGCCAUACGUGUUUCAACCGUCUGGACUUGCCUCCCUACAAAAGUUUUGAACAGCUGAAAGAGAAGCUGCUCUUUGCCAUCGAGGAAACAGAAGGAUUCGGCCAAGAAUAGAGGGUGGAGUCCUCUUGUAUCCCCCCAACCCCGUCGCUGUUUAUUCAUUCAAGUAAAACAAACUAAAAAAAUAAUUGCACAAGGAACCCACCAAUGUAUAUAAGCUAUUUUCUCAUUUUAAACCAAAUCUUAAUUUGUAGCAUAGUUUUUGCUGCAGUCCUGUUCCCCAGCCCUUAUAUAUAUGGGAACCCAUCAUGAAAUAUGCAAGAAUUUCAGCAUCUGUUUAAAAACAGAAAUCAUGGAUAUUUUUUUAAAUUAUUUCCUCCCCACUGCUGACUGGCUUUUUAAAAUGGACUGGAAGCGUUUUCGAGAGGAUCUUAUUGUAGAAGCAUAUUCUACUUUUAAAGCUCUAGUUCUAUAGAGCUUUUAAAAGGUAAGCGUAGUAUCGCGGUCUGGUGCCUGAAUUUCCUUUUCCCCUGUUUGGACCCAUAGUAAUUGUUGCAGGUUUAUUUGUUUUUUUUUGCGUGCUUGCAUGGCUGCCUCGGAAGAUGAGAAGACUGUCUUACCACCACACAGACAUUUUAGCAUGGAUCGCUACGUCUGUAAAUGAGCUUCAUCACCUAAAAGGCAACAUUUUCAGGAUGGACUGAUCUGAGGCAGAGUAAGUGGAGAAAAACCCUUAGUGGUCGUGGACAUCAGAGGCAUCGUCACAUCGUCCUGUUGGUGUAAAGACAUGGUUUGGGGGGGAAAAAAGACUGUGGUGUGAAACUCCUGGACCAAGGCUACUAUAUCUAAAAUGAAUAGGAAAAUAUUUUAAAUUGAAGUGUGUCUGUGUGAGUGAGAGAGAGAGAGAAAGUGGAGCCUGUGGUUCAGAUGCUUAAGCUAGAGAUGCUGUUCAUAAUCCUGGCCACCUAGACUGCAGCCUGCCACCUCAGUUUUGAAAAUGAUAACACACAACAAAGAUGGAGGCACAGCUUUCAUUUGAAACAUUCAGAUGUUUGUAAAAUCAUUACAACAACAACAACAAAAAAGACAAAAACAGUUCAGUGUCUCAGUUGUUGAUUCAGGGCUUGACUGAUUCUCUUUUACCUCCAAGUGUCUCCGUGUGUCUGCGAAGCCACUGUGGUUUACAGAGCACCUGACAACCUGCAAAUCCCAUUUACUUCAACUCCUCCGCUGUAGUUAUCACGCUAAACGAAUGCCCUGCCAGAGAUUUUAACCAUUAAUAUCAAAGACGGCGUAUGAUCAUGUUGUAAUAAAAGUUCAAAAAGACCUCUCAUCCAUACAUUCAGAUGAAUGUACUCCUUUCACUACAUCUAUACGUGCACUGAAAGGAGCCGCUUCCUUAGAUAUGAACCAAUCACUCGCGUAAUUGUAAAAAAAAAAAAAAAAAUCUUUAUGGCAGCAAAUGUCCUUGAAUGUCGGUGUUUGUUUGAUCAUGGAAGUGAAGCGAAAGUGCCACAGACCAGACGGUGUGUAGACUCUUCGGCAGACCUCAGGUCUGUCCAGAGCCUGACAACAGCAGCAAGGCAACGAGGCCGAUGAUGCGCUGAAUUGCUGUACGUCGUUUUUUUUUUUUUUAGUUUUUGCCCCCCCCCCCGAUUAUGUUUCCUCUAAUGCUUCAGGGGACGUGCCCUUUGUUUUUUUCAAAAUGUCACGUCUACCUUCGUUGUUUCUAAAUGACAACUCUGGUGCUUAUUCUUUCAGUCGGUAGUCUGAACGCAGGACGAUAAAAAAAAAAAAAGAAUUAAACAGCCUUGGCAGUGGCAGGCCAUCCUCCUUGUCUUCUGCAGCGUUGUUUCUUCAGACCACUGCGAACAGCAGCGAGCUGCUUCACACCAUCUCUAGAAGUGAUUAGUCAACAUAUCAGUCGUGUAUGAGGAGGGACGACCGUGUGAAGACAAACAUCUACUGUAGCAAAAAGGAGCCAGACUUUUUGAGAGAAUUCAGGACCGCAUAUCUUUGUGCUUCCUUUUGAACAGAAACCUGCAAUCAAAGAAAAAAAUCAACUGUAUGUGAAUAUUCAUUGUAUAAAGAAUAAUGAAAGUAAAUAAAAGUACUUAAAUAUUAUAAUUAAAUUACACAGAGCUGCCGCUCCAUUGUUGGAAAUCUGUGAUGCCUUUUUGUUCUUAUCAGAAAUAGAUGGGACGUUUCAGGCGGCCUUCGUUGCAGCCGGUCAGUAGAUGACACAUGACGCUGCACAUCAGUCCAGUGUGUGAUCACGUGAUCUGUGUCGACCGCGGCGCAGGCCGCCUGAAACGCAUCCAGACUGUAACAUAUCGCGUGUAGAUACACUGUAAACACCACCUACACUGUACAGAAUGCCCCUUUACAGGAGACGAUGUGUAUAGAAGAUUCAUUUUUAAUCUGCUUUCAGCCAUUUUAAAUGAAGAGAUGGAUUUAUGAGAUACAAAAUAAAUAAGUGAAUAAACUCCCCUCCACGAGCACGCUUGCUUUCUUUUUCUUUUUUUGUGUGCAAUGGGAUGAGAGGCCUUCUGCUCAGGAUUCACAACCAGAAACGCUCUGUGCUGAGAGGAAAAUGUACAAUGUGCUCUGGGUUUAUAAUUUUAUUGUUUCGAUUGGAUUUUGCUUUUGGAAAGAACCAUAUGUAAUAAAUGUUUCUGACCAUCUUAA